AUGUCUCGAUCAACAAACCGGCCAUCAAGUCCACUUGCACCAGCAGCCGAAAUCCUUGUUCCGGCAACCCCAACGCGCAGAAGUACUCUUUCCCCAUCGCCCGAUCUCAGUGUGGCCGCGCGAGAACGGUCCUUUCAAUCAGAACAAAAAGUCAUGUCUCCCCCUGCCCUGUCGUCAUCAGAUAUGACUCCGCCACCCUCAACACAAAUUCCUGGAGCACCGCGGCGCGGUUCCAGUUCGCGCUCUCUCAGCCCCGCCGCAGUCCCCUUUGCGAACUUGGAGAAAUCACUCUGUGACGCAUACGGCGCAUCCGAGAACCUCCCUUCUACAGAAGAGAUCGACUCAGCCAACGAAACUCGCCUGCGUCAACUUGCGAAGGACCUGUUGGCUGUCGCGCAAGAAGCCCGCAUGUCGGCAUUGCACUUUAAAUUGCAAAACAGUCUUGUUUCAUUCGCGAGUAGCGAAGCAGUCAAGCGCGCUGAAGUCGAGCAGCAACUUGCCAAGCGCGAGGUCGAGAUCCUUCGAAGCGCUGAAUACCGGAGUCGCUCACGCCCCGCAGAGCCGCUGACUCCACGACCUUCCAAUCCGGUGUCCCACGAAGAUUAUAUCACCGUCCUUCACCGAUCACAAGAACUGGAGAAUGCCAAUCUGAUAUUGGAUCGCCGUCUCCGCCAUGCUAAACGGGUCAUUGACGAUGCGUCAGCUCGAACCGCAGAGCUGAAAGAGCAAAAUGCGAUGUUGAAACGUCGCAUUCAAGACAACCGACAACAUUUCUCGCAAUUGUAUAACUACGGGGCGAUGUCUCCCAGUAUGCAGAAUGAACUGCAUACCUUUUGCCGCGGAGAGCAUACUGAUGGUCUGGCGGCGCUCCUCUUUGCCGAUAAAUUCACCAACCGCAUCCGUGAACCCCACGGCGCCUAUGGCACUCAAUCCUCAGUUCCCACUACUCCCAAUCAACCAUGCACGGCCCGAGACGAGCGCAACCACUCAAGUUCCAGCACACAAGCACGCGACCAGUAUGACAGCGACAGCACCGUGUCGUUGUCAGCCCCUGAAUCCGAGGACGAAGUCAAGCGAGUCAAGCCCCAUCAUGAGCCGGCGCGGAUAACUGCCCCCAAGACCAGUUCAUUGCUGCAGACCAAGCUCUUUGGGCAGGUAAAGAAGCCAAAUGUUGAUCGUGCCUCGGCAUCAAAGCGUAAAGCUAGUUCAGGCGAAAACAGUCCAGCCAGCAAGAGAUCCAGAGGCAAUGCUGGAGUGGGGCUGGGCAUCGAGACUUAG